GCACACGCCAAACUGACUGAUAUUCAUUGAUAUUGAUUGAAAACACCAGAGGGUUGUCAUUGUCACCCAGUCGACCACUCUCCCUCUCACACACACUCACUCUCUCUUUCGCUCUCUUGACAGACCUCAUACCAUUACACACCCACACAGACCUCUCAGCAGAGUGUUCCUCAUCUCUCCCAUCCCAUCCAGCGAUUUUCUAUCUAGCCGCGUCCCCUCCCCCCUCUCCCCCCUCUGAACCCCGCCGCAGCAGCGCCCCUCUGCCGCAUGGCCUGUGCCCUCCUCUGUGCGCCCAGUCCGAGUGCCCUGCCCCUGCCCUUGGGACCCACAAACUUGAACAUGGGUGCGUGCCGCAGCAUGUCGGGCAGAAUCAGGAAACGGAUCUGGCUGCCGCGGAUGUACAGUUGCUGCACACAGACAGGGUCACACGGACACACAAACAAGGGGAGAGGGAGAGAGAGAGAGAUGCGCAUGAGGGUGGGUGCGUUCAUCCUGUCGUGUGUGUGUGUGUACCUCGAGUUGUGACGUCUUGCCGUCCUUGGCGGUGACUGUGAUGGACUCGAGCAUGAUGUUCAUGUUGUCCUCGGCAUUUUGCUGCACAUAGACACAACACACCCAGAGAGAGCACAUGCAUUCUGCUUGAUCUGACUCUCAGCGUCUGUCGUCCGUGUGUGUGCGCAUCUGUGUGUUGCCUAGGAAGGACAUCGUGCAUGGCCUGAUCUCCCACCAGAAUGCCUCUGAAGAGCUCUCCCGAUUUGGUCUCCACUGUCACGGUGUGUCCGAGCCCUUCGUACAGCACCUUGAUGGGAAUGCCGACCUGCGCCAUCCUUCAACGAACCGCUGCGCACCUCAGAAUCCCU